AAGCUCAAGAUUACGGUCAAAGACCUGGUCACUAGAAUCAAGCGUAAGCUGAAUGAUAGCAGCAGUAACAUCAGGGCGUCGUCAACGGCCUCGCCAGCCACUCAACUCGAGCAGGACGCAAUAGCGCGCGCCCGGCUCCCUUCCACCACCCCUGCCACGGAGCGCAUGAGCCUUGACAAGUGA